UAAGGGAGGGACGUAAGGGAGGGACGUAAGGGAGAGCGUGGCAAAGAGUUGGAAGCAGUGGCUGGGAAGGGAGAGUGGAUUGCAUGGGCGAUCCCGAAAGGUGGCCAGAGGCGAGUGGCCUUACACCCGAAGGAGCCCAGUCGUUCGACGCUGCCUUCGCCACGUUUCUUUCCAAAGGCGAUGCAUGGUGGGCGAAGGCGGAGCUUCGAGCAGCCGAGUUGAUCACUUCUCUUCAACCCAAUGAGGCGUCGGAGCAAAGGAGACAGGAUGUUAUUGACUAUGUCCGAGGUCUUGUUAAGGGAUGUAUCUAUGGGCAGGUUCAUGUGCUAUCCACGUUUGGUUCCGUUCCAUUGAAGACGUACCUACCAGAUGGCGACAUAGAUCUAUCAGCCUUUACUCCUAGUCCUGAUGUAAAACGGACAUGGAUCCAAGAUACAUACAAUGCUCUGCAGAAGGCGAAGGAUAAUCCGAACUCGGAGUUUCGAGUAAAGGAAGUGCAGCUCAUUCAUGCUGAGGUCAAAAUCGUGAAGUGUUUUGUGGAGAAUAUUUUGGUGGACGUUUCCUUCGAUCAACUGGGUGGACUAGGCACCCUCUGUUUUCUCGUGGAGGUCGACAAAUUAAUUGGUGAAGAUCAUCUAUUCAAACGCAGCAUUAUACUCGUUAAAGCGUGGUGCUACUAUGAGAGCCGCAUAUUGGGUGCCCACUGCGGCCUCAUGUCCACUUAUGCCGUGGAGGCAUUGGUUCUUUACAUAUUCGACAAAUUCCAUGCCUCAUUGCGAGGGCCGUUACAGGUGCUCUAUCUGUUCCUGGAGUUCUUCAGCAGCUUCGAUUGGGACAACUAUUGUGUCAGCCUAUCAAGUCCCAUCCCCUUGAAGUCUCUUUCCAAGGACUCUGAGAAACUUGAGGACUUGCAGAAGCUCGCCUUGUCAACUCGGAGGGAUGGAGGAGAGCUUUUCUUCACUAAGGAGUUUCUUGUUGCCUGCGAAACUGAGUAUGGCGUAGUGCCAGUUAGCCAAAUCACAAAGUCCAACAAGUUUACGGUCAAGUGCUUGAACAUAAGCGACCCUUUGCGCAGUUCAAACAAUCUUGGUCGGAGCGUGAAUCAAGGUAACUUUGCCAGAAUUCGAAGAGCGUUUGAUUUUGGAGCUCGAACACUCCGUAGAGUACUGAGUUGUACGGAAGAGGACGUUCCUGCGGAGCUUGAACAAUUUUUCAAAAACUGUAAUUUGAGACUCCAUGGGGGUUAUCAGCGCCCUGACGUCGCCAGUCCUCGGCCAUGUCGGACGAAGGCGUCCAAUGCUGCUCAAAAAAUUGGAUGUGCCAAACGAGAGGCGAUGGGAAAUGAAAGAAGUGACUUGACUUCACAUUCUACUCCUUUUCAAAAUGGCAAUCAGUUUCUGCGGACGGAACCAAAUCAUGCUCUUCCUGUUGAGCAGAUACACUUCGACUCUAAUGCACUUCCAGGUGGAGAAAGCUCUCAGGAGAUACUGUGCAACGAUAUGCAGUGCACAGGUGAUUCUGUACAGUGGACACACCCUCGGUGUUCCUCCUUGAAAACAACUCCAUGUAGAGAAAAGAAUGGUUCUCAAUUUGUUGGAACUCCGAAAUCGGUUGCAGAAGAAGAUUCAGCUUUAAGUUUAGAAGACAGAAACGGUUCUUUGCACUGCGCCGUUAGUGAAGAUCCCAUGGUCUCUGCGAGACGUGGUGAAGAGACCAUGACUAAGAGGAAUCCUGUUCAAGUUUCUUGUGGUGACAGCGUGAACAAUAAGUUACCUGUUCCAUCAGAGGCGUACGAGUUCGAUAAACUUUUUUCAGGCUCAAUGUGUGCUCAGGUUCUAAAUAAUGGCCCUGGUCAGGAAUCAAGGAGAAGGCUGGAAAGACCAGAUGUGUUAGUAGCCAAUAUCGAAGGUGCAGGCUUAUCAAAACGCGGUACGAUGAUGAAUGAAAAUCAUUGGAAAAACGGCACAUCUUCAGCAACCUGCAACAGACCUGAUUCCGAGGAGGAUGAAGAGUGCUCAUCUCAGAGCAGCUCCAAAUAUGAGGCGACUGCCUCUGAGGAUUCCACUGUCAUCGUUGUUUCUGGGUGUGCGUUGGAAAGCUCAUCUGCUGCUGGAGAGGGGUUGCUGCCUCUUCCUUUCCAGCUAGGAAACGACGAGAGCACUUCAAGUUUUAAAAGGGACUCACCAUCCGCGUUACAAGGUCGGCUACUUGACCUCAGUCUUGAGCCUCGUCAUUUAACAGCAAAUCUUACAACUGAGACUCAAAUUCAAACUCCGUCUCAUUCUGGAGUCGAUCAGCCAGCCGGCUUAGGCAGUGAGGAGUGUGGCUGUUCUGUAUCCGCGGAAUCCCAUAAGCCGACGGGGAAUGGCUGUGAGUACUCGGGUGGUGCUGGUGGAGGUCUGAUCAAAAUGCCCAGGCGGAAGGGGCGAUCUCAAAGGGAACAUCAAACUGGUUUGCAGGGUAAAGAUCUGGAAGGUUCUGGAGUCAUUGGACAUAGUAAACCGAGACGAGUUUCAGGGAAAUCAAGAGGUGGAUGGUCUGUUGAUGAUAGCAAAGAGAAGCUACACUCAAGAGCAGAAGCUUUUGCACAGGAAGGAGAUGCAAGUAUUGUUGGCAGUCCACGGCAAUCUCCUGUCCCGUCUCUUGGGUAUCCAUAUGUUCAUUCUCCCCGUUACUCUUCGGCAGAUGCAACAGGAGGAUCACCUCACAAAUCCUCCCGCUCUCGUUCUCAUCUUAAUGCCGCCGGGCCUGUCGUCCGUCAACCAGUGCCAAAUUACCAGUUCGAUCCCGGGACACCAAGAAAUCCGUAUUCAUCAUCCGGCACUGGUACCCCAUGCCACCUACCCGUGCCUGAUCGCGUAUCCUCAAGUCAAAGCUCCCCUCCUCAGUUUGUAACACCGUUCUUUCCUGGUUUUGCGCCGCCGGUGAUGUUGCCUCUAGGCUUUUCUAAUUUUCCCAUGUUCAUUCCGGGUAUGGACGUACCUAAGAGAAAUUCAUCUGCCAAAGGAGAUGGAAACAAUGGAAAGAACCGAUCGGGCCACGAAAUGAAUGGAUGUGUUGAAGCUCCAGUUGAAACAUUUGGAGACGCUCCGAGCUUCAAGUCUCAAUCAAAGGUGAAUGAAUCACAGAUUGCAGUCGGAAUUGUGGAGAGCCUAGUAGCAGUAGGAGUGCCGGCCAGCACCAGCUCCAGAAGAGCUGCCGCACGAAGCGUCGACGGUGCUGAGGCAAUUGGUAGGACCACAGACAUUCUGCAAAGUAAUUUACAACAACAUCUAGAUUCAUUAAACUUUGGGCGGUACUGUGACUAUUCUUCCAGCCCUAACCUAAAUCAGGUAGUUCAUCCGAUGUUUGCUUUGGACAAGCGUGCACGCGCACAUAGACCUUGGGAAGGUCCUGGUAGACCCGACGCUGCUCUUCGCGCCCAAUUCAUGACGCAACAGUUUUAUGCGUCUGGUUCUUGCGGGUACCCUUAUUAUCAACCAUAUCUACUGUAUCAGUUGCCAUUUUGGCCCCCUCGAGGUGUUGAGCUCUCGCCACGUCCUAGAGGAACAGGGACCUACUUACCGAAUACUCAGCACAUCAGGCAGAACAUCAGGUCAAAAGGAAGGGGAGGGAGUCAGAACGGAUCUCCACAGGUUGAAGAGAAGGGCCACCAUCAAUCACGCGACCAUGAGGUCGCAUAUCCUUCACAUGUGCCACAUUCUAGGACACAGAUGAACAAAGGCGAGACUCAUGUCCAAGCGGUUUACGGCUCCACCAAUAUAGUGGUGGAGAUUCAGAAUGCGGAUUCUGCAAAGGCUCGUGAUCCCAACCAGCCAAAACAUGACGAGGUUUUAGGAGCCCCCUCACUACAUUCCCACGCCAUUGAACCGUCGGUAUCAACCAUACCAGCAAAUUUCUGCGAUCCACCCUAUCCUAAAGAGUUGUUCCUUCGUCCGGACUGCGACUUGGAUGUUACUCUUGACGCAGAGAAAUUGUGUGGUUCUCCUGGAUCGCCCAUCCCAGUUUAUCCUGUCUUGAACGAAACUCCCACCUUGGAUCCCGAGCUAGUCUCUGCAGACUUUCGGCACUGUAGAGAGGCGUUUCCCGAGGCUUGCAAUAGAGGCGGUAGUCUUCUGAGACGAAGCGCCAGUAUGGGGCGUGCUUAUGAUCAAACUAAACCUGAUGACUCGGCUGUCAUUUUAACUCUGCCAAGAUCUGUUGGUGAGGUGCUACCGUCAACUACAACACAGAGGAACAGACUUCCAACAUAUCAAAUGAAAGAAGAGGACUUCCCCCCUCUUAGGGUUCGAAGAAAGAACCGCAUCGACACUGCAACUGGUGGCACCAACGGCAUCGCCAAUGGCAUCCCCAGCAACUUAGGCAGAUACGUCUCAUUGUGAGUCCUUGUUGAGUUCAAAGGAUGAGGAACUCAUGAUUUAAAGCAUCGAUCAGGGGCAGGAAUUAGCCCAUUCAUAGUCAAAUCAAAUUUAUUUGCUUUGUUUUUGCAUCCAGCUUUCUGUAAAAAGUUCAUUACCCUUGAAUGCCUCUUCAUCUGUUGUCAAUCCAUCAAACAAAUCUUCAUCGUCUUGCUGAAGGGAGUUUGAUUUUAUACAGGAAGUAUUUAGAUAGAGAUACUGGAACAUUAACCAUCAUGAAUUGAUGGGCGGAUGUGCCAACAAUCGUGUUGCUGUUGGAUUAUUUUCUUUCUAACACAGUUGUCAUUAUCUUGUCGUAUUGCUUACA